AUGCGGACAACCAAUAGCUUUAUUAAGAGACCACCACUAAAUGAACAAGCUGCAACAAUGUCAGAACUAAACUCACCAAGAUACCGCACAUAUUCAGCUAUUAUUAAACAUUAUGAAAAAUUGACCACAGAAAAUAA